AGGCUUAAGUCCGAGUGGAUAUGUCCGCCAUAUUCACUCGGACCAGAUCGCUCCGAUUUUACUACUGCGACCAUGGGUCUUGAGUAUGGCAUCACAUCACGUCUUGCAUAAGCUUGCAUGGUACGCGGUAUAAUAGAUUCUUGAAAUCCAUCUUCAAUCGCAACCUCAAGCAGCUCAACACAUCAUCCUCUACAUCAUACUAGCCUGUUACAUCCUUCCAAGUCAACCCGUCAACAUUAUUCACUAUGUCUUAUAAAAACGUCAUCAUUGUAGGGGCCGGCGGCAACCUCGGCACAUCACUUCUCGACACAUUCCUCAAGCACUCCUCCUUCGAAACCAGUGUCCUUUCUCGUGAAGGCUCAACAUCCACCUUCCCCGCGGGCGUUAAAGUCCUCCAGGCAGACUACGACUCACUCUCGAGCCUGAAGAACGCAUUCCAAGGCCAAGAUGCCGUCAUAUCCCUAGUCGCCGGCUCCGCAAUUGCAACGCAGCCCAAACUCAUCGAUGCCGCCGUCGCAGCAGGCGUCAAGCACUUUAUCCCGUCCGAAUUUGGGAGCAAUACGGAUGACGAGCGUAUACUAAAAGUUGUGCCCAUCUUCCAGCCCAAGGUCGACGUACUCGAGUACCUGAAGACCAAGGAGAGCGAGAUCAGCUGGACGGCCAUCUCCACCGGUGGGUUCUUCGACUGGGGCCUCCAACAAGGCUUCUUCGGCCUGGAUGGUGCAAGCAAGACGGCCACGCUGUUCGAUGAGGGCAAGGCGCAGUUCUCAGCCACUAGCUUGUCGCAGAUCGGCCUUGCGACCAUCAAGGUCCUCGAGAAGCCCGAAGUAACUAAGAAUCAGUUCGUUCUCAUUGCUGGCCACACGACUUCGCAGAAUGAAAUUUUGGCUGUGGCGGAGAAGGUUACGGGGAAGAAGUGGACUGUCAAGAAUGUCAGUGCCAAAGAACAUGGGGCGGACGGGUUGGCGAAACUACAGAAAGGGGAUUUUUCUGGUAUCGGACUAUUGAUCCAGGCCGGUCUAUUUGGUGCCGAGGACAAUCUGGGUGACAAUUCACACUUUGGGCUGUGGAAUGAGAAGAUAGGGCUGGAGAAGGAGAAUUUCGAGGAAACGAUCAAGACAGCACUCUUGGGCUGAUAGAUGCUCCCUAUUCAAUCAUGCAUGAAGAAAUAGAUGGUACACUCAUUUCAGUCGUCGACUUAGUAUGAGACGAAACAGAAUGAAUUUUUUAACACAAAUUGAGGUCUUUCUCUAGGGGUGAUGUGCCGGUAUAUUCCUAGUACAUCUCUGCUUCUCUCCACGAAGACAUUCCGCUUACACUGGAGAAUCU